AUGUUGUCCCGCUUUGUCUGUUUGUCGUCUUCGCGACGGCAUCACAUUCUACACAAGUUGUCCCAGUUGCUGAGCUCCGACCCACCUGUUGACUUGUUUGUCUCCACGUCUGUGUCUGGCUGUCAGGCUGGAGUGGCCAUGGUGAUCGGCCGGUCUGGCCGCGUCGGUCCUGCCAACCGGCUUCGCCAGACUUGGCCACAAUCGCGGAUAGACGAGACAAGGUUGGCCCAACUUUGUCUGGUCGCCUGA